UUACCCGAAUCUGGUUUGGUGACUUGUGUGUACUGGAAGGACGAAUCGGACGAGACGAUGAGAUGGUCGGUCGACGGGUGUUGGAUGGCUCACACAAAUGAAAACGUCACAGUUUGCAGCUGUUCUCAUCUCUCCACGUUUGCCCUCAUCUUACAGGUUGGCAAGCCUCCACCGGAGGAUUCUUUUUUAGAGUGGCUGAACCGAAUGUGCAUCAUAGUGGGACUCUUCUUCUUUGCUUUGUGCAUCCUCACCUUCCUGCUGUGCAGCUGGAACCCCAAAAUCAACAACACGGCACGUCUUCACUUGUGUCUCAACAUGGCCUCGUCCCAUCUCCUGCUCUUGACCGAUAUGUGGAGCAUGAGCUGGCCUGCACCGUCAUUGCGGGGCUCCUUCACUUCUUAGUGGUUGCAAGUUUUGUGUGGAUGCUGCUGGAGGCCUUGCAGCUUCACCUGCUGCUCCGUAAGCUCUCCAGGGUACAGGUGAUCCAGAGAGACGGGCUCCCCGAGCUUUUGCUCUACUCCAUCGGCUACGGCGUUCCCUUUGUGAUUGUGGGUGUUUCUGCGCUGGUGUAUUCGGAUGGAUACGGAGUAGCCGCAAAUUUGAAGGACUGCUGGCUCUCGCACAAGCGUCACUUCAACUGGGCUGUCUCAGGACCUGUCAUUACCAUCCUUGCACUUAACGUGAUCUUGUUCUGCGCUACUUUAUGGAGUCCAAGACCUACUUUGGACGGUAUGAGAAGCGACGUCUCUCAAACCAGGGAUACCAGGUUGAUUAUUUUUAAGAUUGUAGCCCAGUUCGUUAUACUGGGCUGUACGUGGCUUAUCGGACUCUACCAGAGCAACCUUUUCUUCCACGUCCUCUUUAUACUACUCAACUCCCAGCAGGGAACCUUUCUCUACAUUGUACACUGUGUGCUCAACAAAGAGGUUAGGGAGGAGUACAGGAAAUGGUUGACGUGUUCAUUUAAUAAGAAACAAAAUGGCUCUGAGAAAGAUGCACAGUCAGUGUCUGAGGACAUAGACAAGGCCGAGGAGGACAUUUCACACAGUGUAAAAAAACUGACGACAGAUGAAUUUCACUUAUUUGUCCACUUAGAGCAACCUAGUUUUGCUGUGGCUGCAGCAUAUAUGAAUUUGUUUUAAGAUGUUCAGGGCAAAAAUGGCUUGCCCCCCCCCCCCCCCCCCCCCGUUUUGCAUGAUUUGUUUACAAUUGAUGCGGGUCUUUCAUAAACACGACAGCGAGUCUGUCGAAAGGAAACAAACGCCUCCACAAUGUCAAACAUUCAUGCCUUAGGUGACAUUUUCCUUCGGAAGUACAUCUUACUUUACAAGACAAAUGGAAAGGGCUACCAAAACAAAACAGUCACACUGCAUUUCACAACAAUGAAACACAAUGAUGGCUUUGUCCAAACAAAAUCAUGUAAAUAAAUAAAUAAAUGUCUUUAUUCUGGUAAGGUGCUUGAUUCGUAUUCCUCACAUUAACAUUUGCUAAUAGCUUUAUCUGUAUUUGUUUACCAUUCAUUCCAUUUUUUUUUUCUUUGCACUAGCAGGUGAUAGCGAUCACAGAUUAUGACGGAUUAUUAAAUCAUCAAAGAUAAUUGGGAAUACAGUACUGACAAAUGCAUGCAUUGUCAAAUAUUUACAUUCAGGAUUGAGUUUGAUGAAAUUUCAUUUCAUUAAACAUGAUCUGAGUCCUGUGACAGCUUGCUUCCGAUAUGCCACCACUGUCUCCUAUUCAUAUUUAGAUUGUAAUUUGGACGUUGGGCUUUCGGGGCUAUUGUGCCUUUCAAAGAAGGUCAAA